GGGCCGCCCAGCUGUCAAUCACGCGCGGGCUGAGCUCCGCACGGCGGGAGCGGCGGCGGCGGCGGCGGCGGCGGCGAUGAUGGGACCCCGGCGAGAGAUCUGCGGCUAGCUGGCUGCACUUGCUCCACGGGUCAGGGGAUCGGAGGGGCCAGGUUUGAAGGACGAUGUGCCGUUAAAAAAGAAAGGCCAAAGACUAAACAAGGAGAAGAGGAAGAGGAAGACUUCAAAGGGAACGUGGGAAAGCAUCCGAGAGGACAAUCCAAGACAAAUUCCAUCUGUAGCAAGUGAGAGGACCUGCCUAAUUCUUUAACAUCUGGGAAGGAUGAGUUCUUGCAGCAAUAUCUGUGGGUCCAAGCAGUUGCAGGCAGCUACAGAGGGCGGGUACCAGCGCUACGGAGUCCGGUCCUAUCUGCAUCAGUUCUAUGAGGACUGCACCACCUCAAUCUGGGAGUAUGAGGAUGAUUUCCAGAUCCAGAGAUCACCUAAUAGGUGGAGCUCAGCAUUCUGGAAGGUCGGACUCAUCUCCGGCACAGUCUUCGUGGUUCUCGGACUGACUGUCCUGGCAGUGGGCUUUCUGGUGCCCCCCAAAAUCGAAGCGUUUGGCGAAGCCGACUUCGUGGUGGUGGACACGCAGGCCAUGCAAUUUAACGGGGCCCUCGAUGCAUGCAAGCUGGCCGGGGCCAUUCUCUUCUGCCUCGGGGGCAUGUCCAUGGCAGGGUUCUUGCUGACGUCCGUGUUUGUGAAAAGCUACUCCAAAGAGGAAAAGCUUCUUCAGCAGAAGUUUAAAGAGCGCAUCGCCGACAUCAAGGUCCACAGCCAGCCCGUUACAAAAGCCCCAGGCCCAGGGGAAACAAAGAUUCCCGUCACUCUGUCUAGGGUGCAGAAUGUCCAGCCUAUUUCAGCAACCUGAGACACCUCUCACCCCAGUCCCCCCUCUCUGAUCACAUGCAGUGUUAACAAGGAGCGGGGCCAGGUUUGGAGAUGAUAGGGCUUGGGC